AUGGUGUCAAAACUGAAGGCUCUAGAGAUCGAAGCGGCAAAGGCUGGUCUAAAGAUAAACACCGCCAAGAGCAAAAGCAUGCGAUGUAACACCAUCAAUACCAACAGGUUUAAAAUACGCAACGUCGACCUGGGCGAUGUAACGUCUUUCUGUUACCUUGGUAGUAUCAUUACGAGCAAUGACGGCUCUAGUAAUGAUGUGGCAUACCGCAUAUCAAGGGCCAAUCAAGCAUUCGGCAUGUUAAGUCCAAUAUGGAAAUCAGCCGUCAUAUCUUUCAACACCAAAAUAAAGUUGAUCAACAGCUGUGUCAAAUCCGCUCUCCUCUAUGCGAGCGAGACGUGGAACGCGCUGCCACGUGACAUAAAUGCUGUACAGGUAUUUGCCAACCGAUGCUUGCGAAGAAUUCUUCGGAUAUUCCGGCCUGCAACAAUAGCAAACGGAAAUCUAUGGAGCUUAACAAAUCAACGUCCAAUCCAUACUGAAAUACUCAAUCGAAAAUGGCGAUGGAUUGGUCAUACUUUGCUCAGGUUCACAGGAGAUAUAGCAAAAAAUGCCAUUGACUGGACACCCCAGGGUAAUACGUGA